AUGACAACGACGUAUGCUACUAUACAACUUUACAUCACCCAUCACACGCAUGCACACACACGUCCCCUUAGUAUGGCGCUCAGACUUUUGUAAUUUAAUUUGCUGAGUGGUAAACGUAAUUAUUUGGUCUCACAUGAUAACUGCACCGGUUCCCCCCUGUAUAUAUAGCCUCCCUACUGUUAUUUUAUUUUAAUUCUGCUCUUUUUUUCUCAACACUUUUCUGUUGUUGUUUUAUUUUACUUUUUUUAAUAAAAAAAUAAAUGCACUGUUGGUUAAGGGCUGUAAGUAAGCAUUUCACUGUAAUGUCUACACCUGGUGUAUUCGGCGCAUGUGGCCAAUAAAAUUUUAUUUUAUUUGAUCAUCAAGUACUCAAAUGUCUAGGGUCUAAUGAGUUUGUGGACAGUUCAGUUAGUAAUUAGUUGUUAGUUGUUCAGUCGGGUGUUAGCCGUGUAGUCCUAUUCACAGCUCUCUAAGAGCCACCAGCCAGUCUCAUAUUAUGAGCCUAAUCCAUAGAUUUCAGGAACACAUGUCUGUGUGUGAGUGGCAACAUGAGACACAAGCCUGUGUUUCUAUAUUGGAUGGUCAAAGGCAAGAGCAAAUUCAAUAAAUGUGUUUCCACUAAUUCAAUCAUUUCUCAUUGCUGUCUUUGUUCCUCAUCAUCAUGACGAUAAUGUGGCCCUCCCUCCCUAUCGUGGCAGAUACUGAUUUCAUUAAAAUGGCAUGGUAUAUCAUUUGAUACUGAUUUUUUACGUCUUCCAUUGAAGCAUGUUUCACGUAAUCUUGGCAGAGGGCUCCUCAAAUAGCUUUUCAUUCACCCAUAACAUGGCGGGCCGGGAAUCCUCCCAACUCCUUCAAGUAAUAAUGAUGACAUCAAACGUACAGAAUGAGCUGCCUCAUGGUGUGAGGAAAUAGUUUGCGAUUGGGAGCGAAACAUCUGGCCUGGCCCAGGAAGUGAAGUGAGGCAGGAUGCGUGCAGGUCAGGUAUAACACAAUCAGGGAAAAAACAAAAACAUAAUGACCUAGACUGGGUUGGCCACAGCACCGCCAUGCACCUCUCCUCUGAUUGAUGACUGAUACAAGCACAUCUUGUUUCCUCAAUGUCAUUUCCUACAGAGAGGGUCUCUAGGAGUGUCAGGAACUACUGGGUCAACAGCUGUCAGCUAGGUGCAUGUUUUCUUUCUGAAGGACCAAUAUCAAAUGUUUGUUUCUAUUUCUCCUUUUCACUAAGUCUCUUGUUACACUGGCAGCAGGAAUGUGGUUUGGACUCUCUAAUAAAGCAUGCUGAGUCUUGAGCUGCUCAGUACACCUGAGGCGGUGUGUGUGUUUUAAGAUAGUUUAGAUGGUGUCAUUUAUUUAACAGUGCAGUUUGAAUUCAAAAUGGAUAAAAUAAAAUAAAAUCUCACCCAUCUACACACAAUACCCUAUAAUAACAAAGUGAAAACAUGUUUUCAGAUAAUUUUUGCACAUUUAUUGAAAAUUAAAUACAGAAAUAUCUCAUUUACAUAAGUAUUCAAUACUUUGUAGAAGCACCUUUGGCGGCGAUUACAGCUUUGAGUCGUCUUGGGUACAUCUUUAUCAGCUUUGCACAUCUGGGUUUGGGAAUUUUCUUCCAUUUAUCCUUGCAGAAUUUCUCAAGCUCUGUUAAGUUAGAUGAGGAGCGGCGGUGAACAACAAUCUUCAAGUCUUUCCACAGAUUCUGGGUAGUUCCAUAUUUUUUCAAUUUCCAACGAUGGAGACCACUGUGCUUUUGGAAACUUUCAACACUCUAGAAAUGGUUUUAUACCCUUACCCAGAUAUAUGCCUCAUCACAAUUUUAUCUCGGAGAUCUACAGACAGUUCCAUGGACUUCAUGGUAUAGUUUCUGCUCUGACAUACACUGUCAACUGUGGGACCUUAUAUAGACAGGUGUAUUUCUUUCUAAAUCAUGUACAAACAAUUGAAUUGGCCACAGGUGGACUCCAACCAAGUUGUAGGGAAAUCUCAAGGAUGAGCAAAGGAAAUUGGAUGCACCUGAGCUCAAUUUGGAGUGUCUUAGCAAAAGGGUGUGAAUACUUAUGUACAGUACAUUUGGAAAGUAUUCACACCCCUUGACUUUUUCCACAUUUUGUUACGUUACAGCCUUAUUCUAAAAUGAAUUAAAUAGUUGUUUUCCCCCUCAUCAAUCUACACACAAUACCCCAUAAUGACAAUGCAAGAACAGGUUUUUAGACAUUUUUGCACAUUUAUAAAACAUUUCAAACUGAAAUAUCACGUUUACAUAAGUAUUCAGACCCUUUACUUAGUACUUUGUUGAAGCACCUUUGGCAGCGAUUACAGCCUCGAGUCUUCUUGGGUAUGACGCUACAAGCUUGGCACACCUCUGCGCGGGCUGAUAUUUCUUCUGCCCACACACGCAACUUAGAGGGAACAUUGGGUAUGAAUACUCUGAAUGCACUGUAUGUAAUGAGUGUUAUUGUUAGGCUUAGUCUAAAUUUGUGGUUUAAUUUCAUCCUUAAAUACCUUGUAGCGUUGCAGGUGUGCAGCUUUGAGAAGCUGGUUUUCUGAGGGGUUGGGUCUGUCUCUCCUCUGCCCUGUGUUGUUGCCUGUGUACCAGUGUGGUCUGUGGCAGACCAUGGGGAUGUUUUAGGGGGUGAAGUCAUUCCCCUGCUCCUCAUGCUACUCACAGAGCUCAGGUAGAGGGGCUCUGACAGGGCAUUCCUGGUCCACAGCUCUCACAUGAGCUCAGCUACUCCCCCGCAAGUUGCUGCUGGGUUUGUAAUUAGCCCAAAUCAAAUGCUCACAGCACAGGCAGAAACAGGCUUCCCACACAAAGGCAGAAGUGUGAUCGCUUUGUUCUUCCACCCGAUUUUUCAUACUUCCUAUAGCUCUGUUUAACGCUCAGGCUGAUGCCCUCCUGUAAGUCACUCACACACACACACACACACACACACACACACACAUACACAUACACAUACACAUACACACACACAUACACAUUCACAUACACACACACAUACACACACACACACACAAACACAGGUGCAGAUGGAUCCAAAGGGAAAUCAUGAGUGUUUUUUCCCAAAUUGCUGGAUGCUAGUGCUGAGCGUUUAGUGUUUUUUGAGGUCGGUUCGGUUUUGGUUCGAUUCAUACAAAAUUAUGAAGUUUUUUUAUUUCAGUUUCAAAUAUUUUUUUGAAACAUUAAAUGAACUAUGCAUUAUGUGAAUUGAAUGUUGUAACAACACAGAAUAAACAAUGAAUAAAAGUCCCAUGAUGGGAGUGACUGCCCAUUACUGCUUAUCACUUAUUAACCAUAAUUUAUUCACAUUACUUUACUUUCAGUUGUUGUGUGUAAGUCAAGAUAUUCAUACUUAUUGCACUUCGCAGUUGAGCAGAGCUGUUGUCAAGGAAGUGAGUUUGUGUUUAUACAGGAUUUCCUGCCCCCACCUACUGUCAACCAAUCAUGUCAAUGCGGAGCUAUACCGAGCUAUACAGAACCCUCUGCAUUGUUACAACAUUUGGGAGGUGCACAGCGAUGCAGUGUAGAGCUCGAUUUGACGUCCGCAAGCCUCCAGAGGCUCCGCAAUUGCGUCACACCCUCCAUAUAGAGCCUCCGGACAGCAUUCCGGAUCAAACAUAAAUCAGCUUAGUCACAAAUCUCCCGGCCCGUCAAGUAGUCGGAGUUUGUCUUUUCAGACAGGUGAAAUGGUUCAAAAUGGGGACACUUUGCCUACCCGGUGCACAGGGCUUCUGAAUCAAGUGCACCUACUGGCAACAUGAAUAAAAGAAAAGGAGCUCAAGCCUUUAUCGUUGGCUUUUCUACAGAAAUAUUUGGUGAUCGACUAGGAAUGCCUUGAAGACCGACCAGUGGCCUGUUGGAAACUACAACUCCCUACUACAUCUCAUAGUUCAAGCUAGAUCUGAUUCAUAUCCUGAGAAACUGAGCAAUGUCGGCAUUGAGCUCACAGAAAAAAAAAAUUAACAAAAUGGAAUUCAAAUAAUUGAACCGACGUCAGUCAAUUAGUUGUUUAAUAACCAAAAAAUAACCGAAGUUUCAGUUAAUCGCUCAGCACUAUCGGAUGCAUUAUCAUUGGUGACUGGUCGUAUAUUACAAAAUACCUUUAAUACUAAACAGAAUCUUAUAUUAAUUAGCCAUGCACAUGUAACAGAUGUGAUUGUACUUCAUAACACUCUUGCGAUGUGCUUUUAAACAAAGGACUGUCCAGCCAGCGAUCCCAGUUGAUUGGUGUUUAUUCUGAAGAUAGACACAAGGAAGCAUAUUAGAUGUGCAGGACCUCAGUUUGUUGAUGGCUGUAGAUUAAUCGGUAGCAUGGGGGUCUUUCUAUAAACUAGGGUACCUGUGAGGAUUUCUUACGCUGGACAACUUGUUACAGCUGUUGAGAAGUCAUUGAUAUUAAUCUACAAAAAAAAUUAAUUUCAUUACAUUAAGAUAUAAGGGAGGAUCAUAGCUACAGUUGAAAUUGGAAGUUUACAUACACCUUAGCCAAAUACAUUUAAACUCAGUUUUUCACAAUUCCUGACAUUUAAUCGUAGAAAAUAUUCCCUGUUUUAGGUCAGUUAGGAUCACCACUUUAUUUUAAGAAUGUGAAAUGUCAGAAUAAUAGUUGUCACGACUUUCGCCGAGGCUGCCCCCCCUCCUGGUUCGGGCAGGCUUCGGCGUUCGUCGUCACCGGAGUACUAGCUACUGCCGAUCCCAUUCUCAUCACUCCACUUGUCAUGUCUUGUCAAUCACACACACCUGGUGCUCAUUCCCCUAAUUAGUAUGUGUAUAAGUGUUCCCUCUGUUCCCCUUGUCUUUGUGAGUGAUUGUUUGUUGUGAGAGCGUGUAGCUCGGUUGAGCUACUAUUCACUGUGUUUAUGCCAAGGUGGAUGUUUUCCCUUGUAAUAGUUUCGUUUGACGCUUGGGGCGUUUGAUUUAUGCAAACGGAAUAAACUCUGGACUUCGGUAUUUUACCUCCUGCGCCUGACUCCUUCAUUCACACCUCAUCACAAUAGUAGAGAAUUAUUUCUUUCAGCUUUUAUUUCUUUCAUCACAUUCCCAGUGGGUCAGAAGUUUACAUACACUCAAUUAGUAUUUGGUAGCAUUGCCUUUAAAUUGUUUAACUUGGGUCAAACAUUUCGGGUAGCCUUCCACAAGCUUCCCACAAUAAGUUGGGUGAAUUUUGGCCCAUUCCUUCUGACAGAGCUGGUGUAACUGAGUCAGGUUUGUAGGCCUCCUUGCUCGCACACGCUUUUUCAUUUCUGCCCACAACCUUUCUAUAGGAUUGAGGUCAGGGCUUUGUGAUGGCCACUCCAAUACCUUGACUUUGUUGUCCUUAAGCCAUUUUGCCACAACUUUGGAAGUAUGCUUGGGGUCAUUGUCCAUUUGCGACCAAGCUUUAACUUCCUAACUGAUGUCUUGAGAUGUUGCUUCAAUAUAUCCACAUAAUUUUCCUUCCUCAUGAUGCCAUCAUUUUGUGAAGUGCACCAGUCCCUCCUGCAGCAAAGCACCCCCACAGCAUGAUGCUGCCACCCCCGUGCUUCACGGUUGGGAUGGUGUUCUUCGGCUUGCAAGCUGCCCCCUUUUUCCUCCAAACAUAAUGAUGGUCAUUAUGGCCAAACAGUUCUAUUUUUGUUUAAUCAGACCAGAGGACAUUUCUCCAAAAAGUAUGAUCUUUAUCCCCAUGUGCAGUUGCAAACCGUAGUCUGGCUGUUUGGUUUUGGAGCAGUGGCUUCUUCCUUGCUGAGCGGCCUUUCAAGUUAUGUCGAUAUAGGACUAGUUUUACUGUGGAUAUAGACUUUUGUACCUGUUUCCUCCAGCAUCUUCACAAGGUCCUUUGCUGUUGUUCUGGGAUUGAUUUGCAGUUUCGCACCAAACUACGUUCAUCUCUAGGAGACAGAACGCGUCUCCUUCCUGAGUGGUAUGACGGCUGCGUGGUCCCAUGGUGUUUAUACUUGCGUACUAUUGUUUGUAUAGAUGAACGUGGUACCUUCAGGCGUUUGGAAAUUGCUCCCAAGGAUGAACCAGACUUGUGGAGGUCUACAAUUAUUUUUCUGAGUUCUUGGCUGAUUUCUUUUGAUUUUCCCAUGAUGUCAAGCAAAGAGGCACUGAGUUUGAAGGUAGGCCUUGAAAUACAUCCACAGGUACACCUCCAAUUGACUCAAAUGAUUAGUCAGAAGCUUCUAAAGCCAUGACAUCAUUUUCUGCAAUUUUCCAAGCUGUUUAAAGGCACAGUCAACUUAGUGUAUGUAAACCUCUGACCCACUGGAAUUGUGAUACAGUGAAUUAUAUAUAAGUGAAAUAAUCUGUCUCUAAACAAUUGUUGGAAAAAGUACUUGUGUCAUGCACAAAGUAGAUGUCCUAACCGACUUGCCAAAACUAUAGUUUGUUAACAAGAAAUGUGUGGAGUGGUUGAAAAACGAGUUUUAAUGACUCCAACCUAAGAGUAUGUAAACUUCUGACUUCAACUGUAUAUUCAAUAAAGUUCACGAGUUGAUUUAAAAGCUAUGUUUAACCCCUUAUCAUGGUUGGUGUCCUUAUGUUACGUGGUGAAAACAGUUUUCCUGGGCACACAAAUCCCAAAUAAUAAAUGUGAUUGCAAAAUCGAAUGCUUCUAACCGAAAGAGUCACCUUACCUUGAUCCUUAAAACCUAAAUCGAUACUGUCAUUAAUGUGGUUCUUCAAUAAUUAUGCAUAAUACUUGUUGGAUGCGCAUUUGGUGUCCAACUGAUUUGUUAUGCCGUGAUAUUUUCACACAUCAUCAUCUGAUCCAGGAAGGAAUUUUCCGAAUGAUAAUCAGAAUUUAUUUGGGUGCCCACGCUCAGUGGCGGCUCCUGAAAAAAUUCUCAGGGGGGGCAAUUUUUCUGAUGAUUUAGGUGACCUACACACAUUUUAAAAAAGAUAUGUCCAGCAACAACAUGAAGACAGGGGCAGCAUAUAAGUCAAUACCAGAAGCAUUUUGUGACACUCUGGCUCCAUGGACUUUAUGAUUGAGCCAGGGUUGUUCAUUUUCUUUGUUUGGGUGUAUUUCUAUGUUGGGGAUUUCUGGUUGUGCAUUUCUAUGUUUGGGUUAAUUGUUCUUUAUUAGUCAUAUGACUCCCAAUCGGAGGUAACGAGUGUCAGCUGUCGGCUCGUUAUCUCUGAUUGGGAGCCAUAUUUAUACUGUGUGGUUUCACCUGGGUUUUGUGGGUUUUUGUUUCCUUGAUCCUGUUUAGUCAGUGUCAGAUUUGGACUUCACUUUCGUCAUUUUUGGUUUGUUGUUUUUAUCGUGGUUUCUUUAAUUAAAUAAUGUCUACGAUGUUCGCUCAACACGCUGCGCUUUGGUCAUACUUCAUUGGCGAACGUGACAGAAAAACCCACCAUAAAAGGACCAAGCAGCGCGUCCAGGAGCAAAGGGUCUGGACAUGGAAGGAACUGUUGGACGGUAAAGGGUCCUGGACUUGGGAGGAGAUCCUGGAGGGUAUGGAUCGCCGUCCAUGGAGCGAGACGGUGGAGAGGCGACGGCGAGAGGAGCAACGGCGUCGGCAGAGCCAACGUCGGAAGGACGAGAGGCAACCCCAAUAAAUUUUUUGGGGGGGGCACAUGGCUUGGGCGACUGAGCAGCAGAAGGCUACCAGGUUAAGGGGGCUGACGGAGGCAGAGAAGGGACGGAUUCAGGAGGCUACCAGGUUAAGGGGGCUACUGGGUAAAGCAGGGAAGGAAGGUGUAGAGGCUCGGCGAGAGGUACUGGGGUGUGUAACCAGUCCGGUCCGGCCCGUUCCUAAUCCCGAGGUACAGCCAGUAGUGUGUGUUCCCCGUACGGUACGGCCUGUUCCGGCCCCUCGCACUAAGUGUACGGUGCGCGUCGCCAGCCCGGUUCGGCCUGUUCCUGCCACCCGCACCAAGUGUACGGUGCGCGUCGCCAGCCCAGCCCGGCCUGUUCCUGAGCCUCAUACGAAGCCUACGGUGCGCGUCGCCAGCCCAGCCCGGCCUGUUCCUACUCCACGCACCAGGGAUACGGUGCGCUUCGCCAGCCCGGCCCGGCCUGUUCCGGCCUCUCGCACCAGAGAUACGGUGCGCGUCGCCAGCCCAGCCCGGCCUGUUCCUGCUCUCCGCACUAGGCCUCAUGUGCGUCCCCAGGGUCCAGCAUGCCCUGUUGCUGCUCUCCGCACUAGGCCUUAUGUGCGUCCCCAGGGCCAAGCAUGCCCUGUUGCUGCUUCCCGCACUAGCCCUGAGAUGCGUGUCCUCAGCCCGGUACCUCCAGUUCCGGCACCACGCAUCAGGCCUACGGUGCGUCCCCAGGGCCAAGCAUGCCCUGUUGCUUCUCCCCGCACUAGCCCUGAGAUGCGUGUCCUCAGCCCGGUACCUCCUGUUCCGGCACCACGCACCAGGCCUACGAUGCGCCUCAGACGGCCAGAGUCUGCCGUCUGCCCAACGGGGCCUGAACUGUCCGUCUGCCCAACGCCGUCUGAACUGCCCGUCUGCCCAACGGCGCCUGAACUGCCCGUCUGCCCAACGCCGUCUGAACUGUCCGUCUGCCAAGCGCCGCAGGAGCUGCCCGUCGGUACUGAGCCUGCAAAGCCGCCCGUCUGCCAUGAGCCUUCAGAGCCGUCCGCCAGACCGGAGCCGCUAGAGCUCUCCGCCAGACAGGAGCAGCCAGAGCCUUCCGCCAGACAGGAUCAGCCAGAGCCUUCCGCCAGACAGGAGCAGCCAGAGCCGUCCGCCAGACAGGAUCAGCCAGAGCCUUCCGCCAGACAGGAUCAGCCAGAGCCUUCCGCCAGACAGGAUCAGCCAGAGCCUUCCGCCAGACAGGAUCAGCCAGAGCCUUCCGCCAGACAGGAUCAGCCAGAGCCUUCUGCCAGACAGGAUCAGCCAGAGCCUUCUGCCAGACAGGAUCAGCCAGAGCCUUCUGCCAGACAGGAUCAGCCAGAGCCUUCCGCCAGCCAGGAUCCGCCAGAGCCGUCCAGCCAGGAUCCGCCAGAGCCGUCCAGCCAGGAUCCGCCAGAGCCGUCCAGCCAGGAUCCGCCAGAGCCAGCCAGCCAGGAUCCGCCAUUCAGUCCGGUGCUGCCCCUCAGUCAGGUACUGUCCCUUAGCCCGGUGCUGCUCCUUAGUCCGGUGCUGCCCCUUAGUCCGGUGCUGCCCCUUAGUCCGGUGCUGCCCCUUAGUCCGGUGCUGCCCCUUAGUCCGGUGCCGCCCCUUAAUCCAGUGGGGUUUAGUUGGGGGGUGGUCAUGUGGAAGGGGCUACGGAAGCGGAAAGUGACUAAGGUGGGGUGGGGACCACGACCUGGACCAGAACCGCCACCAUGGACAGACGCCCACCCAGACCCUCCCCUAGACUGUAUGCUGGUGCGCCCGGAGUGCGCACCUUUAGGGGGGGGUACUGUGACACUCUGGCUCCAUGGACUUUAUGAUUGAGCCAGGGUUGUUCAUUUUCUUUGUUUGGGUGUAUUUCUAUGUUGGGGAUUUCUGGUUGUGCAUUUCUAUGUUUGGGUUAAUUGUUCUUUAUUAGUCAUAUGACUCCCAAUCGGAGGUAACGAGUGUCAGCUGUCGGCUCGUUAUCUCUGAUUGGGAGCCAUAUUUAUACUGUGUGGUUUCACCUGGGUUUUGUGGGUUUUUGUUUCCUUGAUCCUGUUUAGUCAGUGUCAGAUUUGGACUUCACUUUCGUCAUUUUUGGUUUGUUGUUUUUAUCGUGGUUUCUUUAAUUAAAUAAAGUCUACGAUGUUCGCUCAACACGCUGCGCUUUGGUCUGCUCCUUUUGACGAUCGUGACACAUUUAUUGACUGAUCUCAAAAGUGUUGGCUUACAAAAGCAAAAUAAGUUAUCACAGUAAAAAUAAUCAAGGGUGUUCUUUCACAUUCCUCAACACUGCAUAAACAAUAUGCAUUUCCAUAAACAAAUGAAAUAUCAGCUGAAAAUACAGCAUCUUGGUAUUUGUUCAGAUUGCAGGAUCAACAAGAGCUUUUACCACAUUUACAACAUUUCAAUGGUAGUGCAGCCAAAUAAUGUUUAAGAGUAAAAUAGAAAUCCACACUUACACAAUAAAUAGUAACAGCAUGGCAAUAACAAGUAGACAAAUUGUUGAGAGAAGUGGAUCAGUGUUGCCAAGUCCGCUUAUUAUAAGCGACUUUGGGCUUGUUUUUCUGUGAAGUCGCUUACAAAUAUUGGUAGUCGCGGGUCACGUUUUUUUUGGGCUUGUUUCUAAAGUGUAGUUGCUUAUUUGGGCUUGUUCCCAGCUCCAUAGUAAGUUGUCAAGCAGUCUUGCCUGUUCCCUCUGUCCCUCCCCUUUCCCCAUACACACAGGAGACAGCAGAGUUUUUUCCCACCCACAUCCUGCUUCUAAUUGGCUCUGACCCAGAUGGCAACGAGUACUAGCCAAUCAGAGGCAGAGCAGGUCAAUCUGUUAUUUUCUGUUUAGGAAAACGUCAGUGAGUGACGUUUAAAUGAAAAUACGUGCUAUCAGCACAAGCACCAGCUGUGUCUGUGUAGAAACGUCCGUGGUCUCGUCAGAUUGGAUAGCUACGAAGUUCGCCGACUUCACCUCCUCCACAAUAUGUUCCCUCAUGACCGCUAGCAUACACUCCAGUAGCUCGUUUUGAAUGGUCUUUGAUGUGCCCUUGAAAACUUUAGCAUUUUUAAGAUGGUCAUCAAACACCUCAUCUAAUUGUGCCACAAAGUUGACAAGUCCAAGAAAAAUACCAGGGUUGGUGGAGCCCUCAGUUUCAUCUUUGCCUCGCAAAGCUAACUCAAACACUCCGCAAAACUUCACACACUGGAUUAGCCGGCUGAGGAUGUGGCGGUUCUUGCUAACCUCAUCAUUGUGGCGGCGGACAGCUAGCCUGUAUCCCUCAUCCAGUUGAGUGGCAAUGUUCACUCUCCCCAAAGCAGACAAUCUCAAACAGCUAUCCAUGUGGGUCUUUGACAGCUCAUGUUUCUUAAUCUUUUCUGAAAGAUGGUGCAUGUCCGUUACACCAGUCGCUGUCCAAGCGGUGCUGUCUGCCGUGCCGCCUUCAGGGUGAAAGAGUAAGCAGGGGUAGCAGAAGACUGCAUUAGCUACAUCGCAGCCUGCUAGCCAGGUUUUUCGUUCGUACCAAUUUUUGGAAAAUCCUCGGGUGUAGGACUUUCCCCCUUUAGUAGAAACCUGUUGAAUUAUUAAAUUUGGUCUGGGAGGUCCUAAUUGUUUCGUUGCCAAUUUAUCUUGAUUUGUUCGCCGACAAAAAGGAACUUCUUUCAAAGAGACAAUCGAGUUGCACUGAACGCUAGCCAUCUUGACAGUAGUACGUGAAUUGAUUGACGCUGCUACCCGCUCUUUUCUUAGUUACGUUCAUGGUUAUGUUACGUAUGACGAAAGCGCGUAAGUGCAAGCCCUCCCGGAACCCAUAGAGAUUGUAUUGAAAGCUCUGAUAUUUGAAAAAAAAAGAUUUUACAUGAGAGUCUAUGAGAGACUUCUGGGGCGAUUUUCAACCUGACUGAAAUCGCCCCAAAAGGGGUGGGGCCAUUUGAAGCACGACUUUAGCCUGAUUGGACAUUUAGUGGCAGAUCAGACGUCUAGAUUAGAACACUGAUAACUACUGUUGCCGUGAUAUAAUUGAUUAGAAAAAAAAUCCCUUCCUUUUCCCGUUUGGCAGUGCGUCGCCCAUAUCGCCCUAAUGAACACACCGCCCCUGCCCACGCUACAGAAGGAUUUAUCGGUCCCAUUUUACAUUACAUUUUACAUUUUAGUCAUUUAGCAGACGCUCUUAACCAGAGCGACUUACAGGAGCAAUUAGGGUUAAGUGCCUUGCUCAAGGGCACAUUAACGUCAUUUAGCAGACGCUCUUAGCCAGAGCGACUCACAAAUUGGUGCGUUCACCCUAUAGCCAGUGGGAUAACCACUUUACAAUUUGGGGGGGGGGGGGGGGUUAGAAGGAAUACUUUAUCCUAUCCCAGGUAUUCCUUAAAGAGGUGGGGUUUCAAAUGUCUCCGGAAGGUGGUGAGUGACUCCGCUGUCCUGGCGUCGUGAGGGAGCUUGUUCCACCAUUGGGGUGCCAGAGCAGCGAACAGUUUUGACUGGGCUGAGCGGGAGCUGUGCUUCCGCAGAGGAAGGGGAGCCAGCAGGCCAGAGGUGGAUGAACGCAAUGUCCUCGUUUGGGUGUAGGGACUGAUCAGAGCCUGAAGGUACAGAGGUGCCGUUCCCCUCACUGCUCCAUAGGCAAGCACCAUGGUCUUGUAGCGGAUGCGAGCUUCAACUGGAAGCCAGUGGAGCCAGUGGAGUCCCCUAAUAAGGUAUUGUAAAGGCCCAGUGCACUACUUUUGUGAUACAUGUUUUGGUUCUAAAUAUACAGUGGGGAGAACAAGUAUUUGAUACACUGCCGAUUUUGUAGGUUUUCCUACUUACAAAGCAUGUAGAGGUCUGUAAUUUUUAUCAUAGGUACACUUCAACUGUGAGAGACAGAAUCUAAAACAAAAAUCCAGAAAAUCACAUUGUAUGAUUUUUAAGUAAUUCAUUUUGCAUUUUAUUUUAUUGAACUUAAUAUUUGGUACAGAAAUCUUUGUUUGCAAUUACAGAGAUCAUACAUUUCCUGUAGGUCUUGACCAGGUUUGCACACACUGCAGCAGGGAUUUUGGCCCACUCCUCCAUACCGACCUUCUCCAGAUCCUUCAGGUUUCGGGGCUGUCGCUGGGCAAUACGAACUUUCAGCUCCCUCCAAAGAUUUUCCAUUGGGUUCAGGUCUGGAGACUGGCUAGGCCACUCCAGGACCUUGAGAUGCUUCUUAGGGAGCCACUCCUUAGUUGCCCUGGCUGUGUGUUUCGGGUCGUUGUCAUGCUGGAAGACCCAGCCACGACCCAUCUUCAAUGCUCUUACUGAGGGAAGGAGGUUGUUGGCCAAGAUCUCGCGAUACAUGGCCCCAUCCAUCCUCCCCUCAAUACGGUGCAGUCGUCCUGUCCCCUUUGCAGAAAAGCAUCCCCAAAGAAUGAUGUUUCCACCUCCAUGUUUCCACCUCCAUGCACGGUUGGGAUGGUGUUCUUGGGGUUGUACUCAUCCUUCUUCUUCCUCCAAACACAGCGAGUGAAGUUUAGACCAAAAAGCUCUAUUUUUGUCUCAUCAGACCACAUGACCUUCUCCCAUUCCUCCUCUGGAUCAUCCAGAUGGUCAUUGGCAAACUUCAGACGGGCCUGGACGUGCGCUGGCUUGAGCAGGGGGACCUUGCGUGCGCUGCAGGAUUUUAAUCCAUGACGGCGUAGUGUGUUACUAAUGGUUUUCUUUGAGACUGUGGUCCCAGCUCUCUUCAGGUCAUUGACCAGGUCCUGCCGUGUAGUUCUGGGCUGAUCCCUCACCUUCCUCAUGAUCAUUGAUGCCCCACGAGGUGAGAUCUUGCAUGGAGCCCCAGACCGAGGGUGAUUGACCGUCAUCUUGAACUUCUUCCAUUUUCUAAUAAUUGCGCCAACAGUUGUUGCCUUCUCACCAAGCUGCUUGCCUAUUGUCCUGUAGCCCAUCCCAGCCUUAUGCAGUUCUACAAUUUUAUCCCUGAUGUCCUUACACAGCUCUCUGGUCUUGGCCAUUGUGGAGAGGUUGGAGUCUGUUUGAUUGAGUGUGUGGACAGGUGUCUUUUAUACAGGUAAGGAGUUCAAACAGGUGCAGUUAAUACAGGUAAUGAGUGGAGAAAAGGAGGGCUUCUUAAAGAAAAACUAACAGGUCUGUGAGAGCCGGAAUUCUUACUGGUUAGUAGGUGAUCAAAUACUUAUGUCAUGCAAUAAAAUGCAAAUUAAUUAUUUAAAAAUCAUACAAUGUGAUUUUCUGGAUUUUUGUUUUAGAUUCCGUCUCUCACAGUUGAAGUGUACCUAUGAUAAAAAUUACAGACCGCUACAUGCUUUGUAAAUAGGAAAACCUGCAAAAUUGGGUUCUCCCCACUGUAUAUACAGUACCAGUCAAAUGUGUGGACACACCUACUCAUUCCAGGCUUAUCCUUUAUUUUUUUACUAUUUUCUACAUUGUAGAAUAUAAGUGAAGACAUCAAAACUGUGAAAUAACACAUGGAAUCAUGUAGUAACCAUAAAAGUGUUAAACAAAUCAAAAUAUAUUUGAGAUUUGAGAUUCUUCAAAGGAGCCACCCUUUCCCUUGAUGACAGCUUUGCACACUCUUGGCAUUCUUUCAACCAGCUUCAUGAGGUAGUCACCUGGAAUGCAUUUCAAUUAACAGGUGUACCUUGUUAAAAGUUAAUUUGUGGAAUUUCUUUCCUUCUUAAUGCGUUUGAGCCAAUCAGUUUUGUUGUGACAAGGUAGGGGUGGUAUACAGAAGAUAGCCCUAUUUGGUAAAAGACCAAGUCCAUAUUAUGGCAAGAGCAGCUCAAAUAAGCAAAGAGAAACGACAGUCCAUCAUUACUUUAAGACAUGAAGGUCAGUCAAAUCCGGAAUAUUUCAAGAACUUUGAAAGUUUCUUCAAGUGCAGUCGCAAAAACCAUCAAGCGCUAUGAUGAAACUGGCUCUCAUGAGGACCGCCACAGGAAAGGAAGACCCAGAGUUACCUCAGCUGCAGAGGAUAAGUUCAUUAGAGUUACCAGUGUCAGAUUGCAACCCAAAUAAACGCUUCAUAGAGUUCAAGUAAUAGAAACAUAUCAACAUCAACUGUUCAGAGGGGACUGUGUGAAUCAGGUCUUGAUGGUCAAAUUGCUGCAAAAAAAAAACACUACUAAAGGACACCAAUAAGAAGAAGAGACCUGCUUAGGCCAAGAAACACAAGCAAUGGACAUUAGACCGGUGGAAAUCUGUCCUUUGGUCUGAGGAGUCUGAGAUUUUUGGUUCCAACUGCCGUGUCUUUGUGAGACACAUAUUAGAUGAAUGGAUGAUCUCCGCAUGUGUGGUUCCCACCGUGAAGCAUGGAGGAGGAGGUGUGAUGGUGUGGGGGUGCUUUGCUGGUGACACUGUCUGUGAUUUAUUUAGAAUUCAAGGCACACUUAACCGGCAUGGCUACCACAGCAUUCUGCAGCGAUACGCUAUCCCAUCUGGUUUGCGCUUAGUGGGACUAUCAUUUGUUUUUCAACAGGACAAUGACCCAACACACCUCCAGGCUGUGUAAGGGCUAUUUGACCAAGAAGGAGAGUGAUGAAGUUCUGUAUCAGAUGACCUGGCCUCCAUAAUCACCCGACCUCAACCAUAUUGAGAUGGUUUGGGAUGAGUUGGACUGCAGAGUGAAGGAAAAGCAGCCAACAAGUGCUCAGCAUAUGUGGGAACUCCUUCAAGACUGUUGGAAAACCAUUCCAGGUGAAGCUGGUUGAGAGAAUGCCAAGAGUGUGCAAAGCUGGCAUCAAGGGAAAGGGUGGCUACUUUAAAGAAUCUCAAAUCUCAAAUAUAUUUUGAUUUGUUUACCACUUUUUUGGUUAAUACAUGAUUCCAUAUGUGUUAUUUCAUAGUUUUGAUGUCUUCACUAUUAUUCUACAUUGUAGAAAAUAGUAAAAAUAAAGAAAAACCCUUGAAUGAGUAGGUGUGUCCAAACGUUUGACUGGUACUGUAUAUAUAUGUAUUUUAUUUUAUUUAUUAUAGAUUUUUCAAGGGGCGCUGCAGCACCCUCAGCAUCCCUACUUCCCGCGACUAUGAUAGUGAUAGUGCAUGCGAUGCAACAACAGCCCAAGUGCUGGAAAGAAGGUGUUCGCGAGGAAUGUCCAGAAUAUUUUGGUGUCUCAUUCGUUUCGCCGGCGAAGACAGUUGUGCCUGGAUCCAUGUUGGAUCUAAUAUCCCUAGCGAGUUGAUGCUGUUAAUUUCUUCUUGUCUGCUUGAUUUACAGCCGGGUCUCGUUAGAUUUAACAGAGCAAAGCAUCAAGGUAUUGUGUUUUCAUUUGUUAUUGUGCCUGGGGUUGGACAUCGAGUCUACUGUGCGCAGUUGUGUAGGAUAGACUAUUGUGCAACACCCAAUGCUAUUCCUAUGAAUUAUUCUGGAUAUAAUGAGAACAAAUUACAUAGCCUAGUGUGGCUAUUCACAAUAUGAUCUGGUAAUGAAAUAACAUGACAAAUACAUUAUGUUUACAUGUUAGACCUGCAAUUUUAAAACAAUACAAGGGGCUUGAUGUAGCCUACUUGAACUUAAAUUUGGCGCUCAGAAAGUCCUGGAAUAGGCCUACCUUGAAAAUCAGACAUUUCCUAAAUUUGGUCCUUGAAAAGUCCUUGUAAUUGUUAUAGCCAAUUUAUAAGUUCUCCUGCUCCCUUGUAAUUAUCCGUGAUUUCAUUUCUGAUCAGUUUUUGUGAGAGAUGUGACCCCUUUUGUUUGUUUCCCGCCGCUUCAACUGAAGGGUGUUGCGCUACUCUGUUGCGGUAAAACCACGUGCAGUUAUUAUGAGGACGACAACAUCUAAUGUUGGCUUCAACUUGGCUUUCCGUACAAAGCCUUCCAUUAAGAAGGGAACCUGGUUUUUGGUCACUUUCUCAUUAUAAAAACAGCGAUGGUGAGAUUCGGUACAGCCUUCUGUCAUUUAGGUUAGUAUUGUGGAGUAACUAAAAUGUUGUUGAUCCAUCCUCCUAACACAGCAAUUGAACUGUAACUGUUUUAAAGUCACCUUUAGCCUCAUAGUGAAAUUCUUGAGCGGUUUCCUUCCUCUCCGGCAACUAAGUUAGGAAGGAUGGAUGUAUCUUUGUAGUGACUGGGUGUAUUUAUACAGUGAGGGAAAAAAGUAUUUGAUCCCCUGCUGAUUUUGUAUGUUUGCCCACUGACAAAGAAAUGAUCAGUCUAUAAUUGUAAUGGUAGUUUUGUUUGAACAAUGAGAGACAGAAUAACAACAAAAAAAUCCAGAAAAACGCAUGUCAAAAAUGUUAUAAAUUGAUUUGCAUUUUCACAAAAGAACUAUCAAUCUCCCUCAGCCUGGGGCUCCAUGCAAGAUCUCACCUUGUGGAGUUGCAAUGAUCAUGAGAACGGUGAAGAAUCAGCCCAGAACUACACGGGAGGAUCUUGUCAAUGAUCUCAAGGCAGCUGGGACCAUAGUCACCAUGAAAACAAUUGGUGACACACUACGCCGUGAAGGACUGAAAUCCUACAGCACCCGCAAGGUCCCCCUGCUCAAGAAAGCACAUAUAUAUGUCCGUCUGAAGUUUGCCAAUGAACAUCUGAAUGAUUCAGAGGAGAACUGGAUGAAAGUGUUGUGGUCAGAUGAGACCAAAAUGGAGCUCUUUGGCAUCAACUCAUCUCGUUUGGAGGAGGAGGAAGGCUGCCUAUGACCCCAAGAACACCAUCCCCACCGUCAAACAUGGAGGUGGAAACAUUAUGCUUUGGGGGUGUUUUUCUGCUAAGGGGACAGGACAACUUCACCACAUCAAAGGGACGAUGGACGGGGCCAUGUACCGUCAAAUCUUGGGUGAGAACCUCCUUCUCUCAGCCAGGGCAUUGAAAAUGGGUCGUGGAUGGGUAUUCCAGCAUGACAAUGACCCAAAACACACGGCCAAGGCAACAAAGGAGUGGCUCAAGAAGAAGCACAUUAAGGUCCUGGAGUGGCCUAGUGUCACGAUCGUUGAGAGACGGGUCAGACCAAGGUGCAGCGUGGUAUGCGUACAUGUUUAUUAAGAUGAAUAAACACUUGACAAAAUAACAAGUCCUAUGGGCUAUACACACAACAAGCCUAACAGGAACACAAACAAGAUCCCACAACUAAGGUAGGCAACAUGGCUGCCUAAGUAUGAUCACCAAUCAGAGACAACGAUCGACAGCUGCCUCUGAUUGGGAACCACACCCUGCCAACAUAGAAAUACCAUGACAUAGAAUGUCCACAUAGAAAUUCCCACACAUAGAUAUCCACACCCUGACUAAACCAACUAGCCAACUCUAUGUCAUGGCGUGACACCUAGCCAGUCUCCAGACCUUAAUCCCAUAGAAAAUCUGUGGAGGGAGCUGAAGGUUCGAGUUGCCAAACAUCAGCCUCGAAACCUUAAUGACUUGGAGAAGAUCUGCAAAGAGGAGUGGGACAAAAUCCCUCCUGAGAUGUGUGCAAACCUGGUGGCCAACUACAAGAAACAUCUGACCUCUGUGAUUGCCAACAAGGGUUUUGCCACCAAGGACUAAGUCAUGUUUUGCAGAGGUGUCAAAUACUUAUUUCCCUCAUUAAAAUGUAAAUCAAUUUCUAACAUUUUUGACAUGCGUCUUUCUGGAUUUUUUUUGUUGUUAUUCUGUCCCUCACUGUUCAAAUAAACAUACCAUUAAAAUUAUAGACUGAUAAUUUCUUUGUCAGUGGGCAAACGUACAAAAUCAGCAGGGGAUCAAAUACUUUUUUCCCUCACUGUACACCAUCCAAUAGGUGCCCUUUUUGCGAGGCAUUGGAAAACCUCCCUGGUCUUUGUGGUUGAAUCUGUGUUUGAAAGUCACUGCUCGACUGAGGGACCUUACAGAUAAUUGAAUGUGUGGGUACAGAGAUGAGGUAGUCAUUAAAAAAUCAUGUUAAACACUAUUAUUGCACACCGAGUGAGUCCAUGCAACUUAUUAUGUGACUUGUUAAGCACAUUUUUACUCCUGAACUUAUUUAGGCUUGCCAUAACAAAGGGGUUGAAUACUUAUUGUCUUAAGCCAUUUCAGCUUUUCAUUUUUUAUUAAUUUAUAAACAUUUCAGCAACAGAAAAAAAUCCACUUUGACAUUACGGGGUAUUGUGUGUAGGCUAGUGAGACAACAACAUUUGGAAAAAGUCACGGGGUGUGAAUACUUUCUGAAGGCACUGUAUUUGUCAGGAAAUGUACAUAGUGAACUCGUACACAUUGUAAAUACUUAAAUAAAAUGCACUAUUUCAGAACGUGACCUACUGCUUGCAUGUCAAUAUCAGACUGGGAAGAAUUGACGUUCGCGAUCUUCCCCUAUCUGCAAGUGUAGCCAAUGACAUAACACAAACCAAUAGAAAUACAUAAACAUUAAAUACAUAUUUCUGCAGUGGCAAGAUGAAACAUAACCAACCCUGUUACACACAUGCUGCCCUGACUUACAACAGAUGUGAGUAAGUGGAUCACUAUAGGGCCUAAGUACGAUAUGAUAUUCUUGAUUCAAUUAUAUAAAAAAAAACAUAUGGAAUCUCAUCUAUAAAAUAAACUAAGUAAUGCUAUGACCUAAGACAGACAUAAUGCUAUGUUUGUCUUUCACACUCUCUCAGACAUGUGGUGUUAUGUUUAAUAUGUUGACCAUGUGUAAGUGGAUUAUACGCUGAUUUUCUGUAUGUUGUUGGUGUAUGUUUAGUGACUGGUGUUGAAGGAGAGGUUUAUAGGAUCUGGUGUCGUCUGUCUCGUUACCAGGACCCAAGUGAGGCGAGGACCAGCCAAUUCAUCGUCUCCCCAGCAGACUGGGACGUCUCGCACCGUCAAGCGAUACCCAUCGUCCACUGGCCCCAUCACCUCCAACGCCCUGCCCAAUGGGAACGGACAUGACAUUGGGAAUGGCAAUGGACACUCAAGUAACGGCCACAGACCCACCUCCAAUGGCCACACCAACAAUGCAGUGGCGCCAGCAGGUAAUGACCAGAAGAAAAGUUUCACCCGGGAUGAUACAACUGUUACCCUGCUUUAUAAAAAAACAAACAAAAAAAAUACAUUUAUGACACACACAAUGAGUUUCUGUCUUCACUGAACAUAACAUUAGAUUUGGGGAACAAAGUGUUGUUGGCUCUGUCCCAGGCUCCUCUCUUCUCCCUUUCUCCCUCCGCCCUCCCUCCCUCCCUCCCUCCCUCCCUCCCCUCCCUCCCCUCCCUCCCUGUGGUUUUCAUCACACGACCGACAGACGUUUGAUAUCCCAGCCGUGUGCCUGGGGGGUUAGCCGUCUCCACUCUCUGCUCUGGAGCGUCUGCAAUGUGCAGACACAGGACAGCCCUGCUCCCUCCCUGAAGACCCAGAGAGGGAGUAGGGAGGAGGGGGAAGGCACCAUGGUCCUCACUGUCACCUUGGCUCCAUGACAGCCCACACCCGACAGAAACCUCCCCCCCACCACGAGAAACCUCCAGAAACAAAACCUUUUAAUGACCUACUCCUCUCCCCUACAACCCUCUCAGAACAGAACAGAACAGUGCCCUCUGUAAAGCUGUCUGCUGUCCAUGUUUCUCUUGUUUUUCCAUCCUACCAGGGCAACGGGUGUUGAACAGCUUCCCACCAUAACACAAGGUUUACUCACACAUCUAGAACACCUUAUCCCAAAGAUAAAGUCUUGGAGGCCAGCCCCCAUGCUUAACUGGAUUCUCCCCCCCUCCACAGGCCUGCCUAGUGACACAUCCUCCUUUCAGCUGCACCGUGCCAUAGCCCAGGCGCUGGCACACACACACACGUCCAAACAAACUCACACUCAUAUAAACCUCCCCUUCUGCUGGGCUGGCUAGGCAGCAGGUCCAGGGAUUGUGUCUGUCUGUGGCCCGUUAAGGAUGCAGCUCUUCUCCAGUGCAGCGCUGCUCCUGUUCACCCAGGUCUCUGUGUGUCUUUGUGCUCCAGGGGCCAACCUCACCUCCAACCUGGACCGCAUCAAGAUCGUCUUCACCCCCAUGGUGUGUCGGAGGGUGUGCAGCGGCGGCCGCUGCUACAACAGCUGUAAGAAGGGUGACACCACCACCGUCUACAGUGAGAACCAGCAGCAGCACCAGCCGCCCAAGACCCAGGGCUUCAGACUCUGUGAGUGUUUCCCCUUUUCAAAUCUCCUUCUCCUUCUCUCGCUCCACUCCUCUCUCUUCCUAUGCUGUCUGAAUGUAGUCCAGGGGUGAGAGGGGGAACGAGGGGGAAAGAGGGGCUCCUGAUAGAUAAACCCAUUCCCACUGUGGAGCUGUCAACACUGAAUACCAGGCAGGCGGGGAGAGAGAGGUGACAGAGUGGGAGAGAUUAUAUACCUGGGAGCAGUGUGAAAGAGAGAGACAGGGUGGAGGGAGGGAGGGAGGGAGGGAGGGAGGGAGGGAGGGAGAGAGAGAGAUAGAUAGAGAGAUCGAUGAGAGCUGCCGUACCUCUCUCGCUCUCUCUCCAUCAAGUCUGUCUCGCUAGCUGCUAGCGCUCGCCCUCGCUCCUGAGUCUACGCUCCCAUGCUCUCUCUCCCAGCUUAUCCUCUCGCUCCUUCCCUCGCCUCUCCUCACGUAACAGGUAAAGAGCAGGGUAACGCUAGCAGUCUCCCUCCCUUCGUGUUGCAGGGCUUAGUGGAGGCUAACCACACACGUGGAAGCGCCGCUCUCACGCUCCCAACAGUUAGCCCGGUCUCUUUGUGGUUUACAUCUUGCUCUCAGCUCCACGGUUAACCAUUUAACGUGCUCACUGGGAGAGGGGGAGAGAAAGAAAGACAGAGAAAGAGAAAGGGAGAGAGAAAGAGAGGGAGUAGCAGCGUGAAUAGGAAUUUAUAGGGAUUACAUUAAAGCUGCUAUUUAUCCGUGGGCUUUGCUACAAACUCACACAGGAAAGUAGUCUCCCUCCCUGCCUCUCCAUGUGGGGGGAGAACAAUAACCAAUACUGGGGGCCUGGCCCUUUUUCCCUAAUGUUCCCCUCAGCCCCUACCACACAGCUAAGGCUCACAGUAAUCACUCAAAUUGAUUAUAAGUGAAGGGCGCCCAUACCACACACACACACACACGAACACACACUGCAGCCGCCCCACACUUAACACACUAAGCUCCUCAUGGGAGGAACUGGCUGAGUUAUGAAUAGAUAAACAGGUUGUUUUGCAGAUUUAUGCUCCCAUUAAUAGGUUUUUGGAAAAUGUAAAGCUACUCCAAACGCAAUGGCUUGGCAGAGUCGUUGCACAACAAUGCAUUCCUGGCACUUCUGGGUGAUCCUGAGAAGUAGUUUGUUUUUAUGCUCGAUUUUAUUUUAAAGAAAUCUCGGAUCAUUAAAACAUCUGUAAAAAGACUCCGUUAAAGGAAAUUGCUCGACAUUCAAGCUGGCAUUUUCAAAUCAAAUCAAAUGUAUUGGUCACAUACACAUGGUUAGCAGAUGUUAUUGCGAGUGUAGCGAAGUCCUUGUGCUUCUAGUUCCGACAGUGCAGUAAUAUCUAUCAAGUAAUAUCUAACAGUUCCGCAACAAAUAUCUAAUACACACAAAUCUAAGUAAAGGAAUGGAAUAAGAAUAUAUAAAUAUAUGGAUGAGCAAUGUCAUUGUUAGAGCGGCAUAGGCUAAGAUGCAAUAGAUAGUAUAGAAUACAGUAUAUACAUAUGAGACGAGUAAUGCAAGAUAUGUAAACAUUAUUAGUGGCCAGUGAUUUUCAAGUCUGUAUGUAAGCAGCAGCUCCUCUGUGCUAGUGAUGGCUGUUUAACAGUCUGAUGGCCUUGAGAUAGAAGCUGUUUUUCAGUCUCUCAGUCCCAGCUUUGAUGCACCUCUACUGACCUCGCCUUCUGGAUGAUAGCGGGUUGAACAGGCAGUGGCUCGGGUGGUAGUUGUCCUUGAUGAUCUUUUUGGCCUUCCUGUGACAUCGGGUGCUGUAGGUGUCCUGGAGGGCAGGUAGUUUGCCCCCGGUGAUGCGUUGUGCAGACCGCACCACCCUCUGGAGAGCCCUGCGGUUGUGGGCGGUGCAGUUGCCGUACCAGGCGGUGAUACAGCCCAACAGGAUGCUCUCAAUUGUGCAUCUGUAAAAGUUUGUGAGGGUUUUAGGUGACAGGCCAAAUUUCUUCAGCCUCCUGAGGUUGAAGAGACGCUGUUGCGCGUUCUUCACCACACUGUCUGUGUGGGUGGACCAUUUCAGUUUGUCAGUGAUAUGUACGCCGAGGAACUUAAACCUUUCCACCUUCUCCACUGCUGUCCCGUCGAUGUGGAUAGGGGGUACUCCCUCUGCUAUUUCCUGAAGUCCACGAUCAUCUCCUUUGUUUUGUUGACGUUGAGUGAGAGGUUAUUUUCCUGACACCACACUCCGAGAGCCCUCACCUCCUCCCUGUAUGCUGUCUCAUCGUUGUUGGUAAUCAAGCCUACUACUGUUGUGUCGUCUGCAAACUUGAUGAUUGAGUUGGAGGCAUGCAUGGCUACGCAGUCAUGGGUGAACAGGGAGUACAGGAGGGGGCUGAGCACACACCCUUGUGGGGCCCCAGUGUUGAGGAUCAGUGAAGUGGAGAUGUUGUUUCCUACCUUCACCACCUGGGGGCAGGAAGUCCAGCACCCAAUUGCACAGGGUGGGGUCGAGACCCAGGACAUCAAGCUUAAUGAUGAGCUUGGAGGGUACUAUGGUGUUGAAUGCUGAGCUAUAGUCAAUUUUGUUGUUGCUGAAGUGCGUGUUCCUCCUCAAGGAAUGUCAAGUAGACAGCAAACAGCUAUGUCAUGUUGUUGUUAUGUUCCCAAUGUGGGGCAGUAAAACUGGGUGGAUAACAUCGUUCCACUGUUGGGCUACCUGGAUUCACAACAUUGAACAGUUAUUCUAAACCCUGACAUUACUGAGACAAGACACUUAGAGAAGCCCUUUAACAAUGCAUGUUAAAGACAGAUGGGGGUGGUGCUGGGGAUGUGUGAGUGUGUGUCACGGGCAUGAAUUGUAUUUUCCUGUAUGUCUGGUGUCUGAAUAGAUGUGUGUAAAGGUAGGUAGAGGGUGGAUGAGAGAGAAGUUCAGGUUGUUGUCUAGGAAUAAUUCCUGCCCCAUGCUGAGGUGGGUUAGGGCGAAGCUGAGGCGAGGCUGAGACUGAGGCCAAGGCUGAGACAACAGUCUGAGGCGAGGCUGAGACUGAGGCUGAGGCUUAGGCCGUCCAGUGCUGUGCAGGGCUGUUCCCCAGAUUGGGAGGAGUUAAUGGCCCUUUGUAGCUGAUCAUUUAGCCAGCAUGUGUAAUCACAGGGGGGCUUCCUGUGGGCCUGAACACUGGCUCCAUGUCCCCCUCUUUCUCCACCACUCUCUUUCCUUCUCUCUCUUUUUCUCUAUAUUUCUCUCUCUCUCUCUCUCUCUCUCUCUCUCUCCUCUCUCUCUCUCUCUCUCUCUCUCUCUCUCUCUCUCUCUCUCUCUCUCUCUCUCUCUCUCUCGCUCGCUCGCUCGCUCGCUCUCUCGCUCUCUCUCUCGCUCUCUUUCUCUCUCUCCACCACUUUCUUUCUAGCCAGACUGUUGUGCCUUAGCCCUCCCUGCCUUGCUCACAUCCUGAGUCUGUCUGUCUGUCUGUCUGUCUGUCUCUGUCUGUCUGUAUGUUUGUCUCUGUCUGUUUGUGUCUGUGUCUGUCUGUGUGUGACAGGGGUUAUAGCGCCACAACAUGAUUGGGUCCAAAGCCUUUAACGGCAUGUUGCCACAGCUACAACUCUCUUUCAUCUGCUGUUUUAGAGACCUGCCUCAUCACAGGGGUCAGGACAGCGGCGUCCAAAUAUGCAGAAUAAAAAAAGGCAUCGAUAUUUUAUCUUUUUUGCCCUUAGAAGAUUCCCUUUUAUUGUGCCAGGCUGUUAUCCAUUUUCCAUUUUCCAGGCUUUGAAGUUUGAGUGAGUUGAGGUUAAGGUUUGAGCUUCUCUGUAGAUCCUGGUAUGGAGCAGGUAUGUAGGACACUGGCACCUCUGCCAAGAGAUAAGCAGAAUGAAAAGGCUGUGAAAGCAACCUGUCAAACACCAGCUGCUUCUCCUUCUAGAGGAACCCGUCAUCACUGCUGGAAGAUUGCAGGGCGUAAAUCAAACUAUAUGCAAAGACAGUGUCAGGUAGGAUUCAAUAGUCUUAUAUCCUCAAGAACCAAUUGCCUUGCUCCUUUAAAAUUAUAUCCAAGCUGUUAUUUUGGUAUGUGAGUUGUCUUUUCUCUUGCAUUCUAGUGUUUCCCCUAUAUGAAUUUAGCAGUGGCGCACCGCCGCUGCUAAAUCGUGGCUGCCACUGCAAUUAAAAAUUAAUAACAUACAUACGGUGCCUUCAGAAAGUAUUCACAUGCCUUGACUUUUUCCACAUUUUGUUGUGUUACAGCCUGAAUUUAAAAUGGAUUAAAUGUAUAAAAUGGAUUACAUUCACUGAUCUACACACAAUACCCCCUAAUGUAUUUUUUUCCUAAAUGAAAAGCUGAAAUGUCUUGAGUAAAUAAGUAAUAAACCCCUUUGUUAUGGCAAGCCUAAAUAAGUACCACUCUCCAUAUUUUUAAGCAUAGUGGUGGCUGCAUCAUGUUAUGGGUAUCCUUGUAAUUGUUAAGAACUGGGGAGUUUUCAGGAUAAAAAAUAAACAGAAUGGAGCUAAGCACAGGCAAAAUCAUAGAGGAAACUAAAACCUGGUUCAGACCAGACACUGGGAGAUGAAUUCACAUUUCAGCAGUGUCACGCCCUGGCUCUGGGGACACUUGUAUGUUGAGCCAGGGUGUGAGUUUCAUUUGUUUCUAGUAGUUGUAUUUCUAGGUUGGCCAGAGUGGUUCCCAAUCAGAGGCAACGAGUGUCAGCUGUUGCUGGUUGUCUCUGAUUGGGACCAUAUUUAGACAAGCUGUUUUCCCACAGUGGUUGUGGGAUCUUGUUCUAGUUGGUUUGUGUUAGACCGUGGACUGUCACGUUAUCGUUUUGUUGUUUUGGUCGUGUAAUCAUUAUUUAAUAAAUAUGUUCGCAUUCCACGCUGCGCCUUGGUCCUCUGUUCCCGACGAUCGUGACAGAAGAUCCCACCAGAACUGGACCAAGCAGCGGGUCCAGGAGCCAUCGCCAGGGAAAUCUCUGGCGGAUAUCCAGCGCCUCCUCGACUGGGUCAAGCCGGGUGAGCAAGAGAGGGGCUUGACGUGGAAGCAGAAGGGCGAAAGGCUGGCGAAAAGUAUGGAGACCUGGUCCACGGGUAGGAGAGAAGCCCAGAAAUUUUUUAGGGGGGGCUAACGCCGUGGAUGACGGGGCAGCAGGAGACCGCGAUAGAGCGGCCCAGCGGGUUGGCAGAGGAGGCCGCCAGGUUACGGGGGCCACUGGUCAAAGAGGGGAAGGAAGGUGUAGAGGCACGGCGAGAGGUACUGGGGUGUGUUACCAGUCCGGUCCGGCCCGUUCCAGAUCCCUGCGUAGGGCCAGUGGUGUGUGUCCCCAGUACGGUCCGGUCUGUUCCUGCUCCCCGCAGCAAGCCAAUGGUGCGCGUCGCCAGCCCGGCCCGUCCUGUUCCUGCUCCCCGCACCAAGCCAAUGGUGCGCGUCGCCAGCUCGGCCCGGCCUGUUCCUGCUCCCCGCACCAAGCCAAUGGUGCGCGUCGCCAGCCCGGCCCGUCCUGUUCCUGCUCCCCGCACCAAGCCAAUGGUGCGCGUCGCCAGCUCGGCCCGGCCUGUUCCUGCUCCCCGCACCAAGCCAAUGGUGCGUGUCGCCAGCCCGGCCCGUCCUGUUCCUGCUCCCCGCACCAAGCCAAUGGUGCGCGUCGCCAGCUCGGCCCGGCCUGUUCCUGCUCCCCGCACCAAGCCUAUGGUGCGCGUCGCCAGCCCGGCCCGGCCUGUUCCUGCUCCCCGCUCCAGGCCAAUGGUGCGCGUCGCCAGCCCGGUCCGGUCCGCUCCUGCUCCCCACACCAAGCCAGUGGUGUGCGUCGUCAGUCCGGCACGGCCCGUGCCUGUUCCACCGGUGCCUGGUCCGGCACCGGUCAGCUGCUUCACGCCGGAGCUAGAGCAAUCCGCUCCGCCAGACCGGACCAGGGGUACUUUGGGGGGUUGGAGAGGGAGUGGGGAUCAGGUCCGGAGCCGGAUCCGCCGCCAAGGCGGAGUGCCCACCCGGUCCCUCCCCUGUGGUAUUUAGUUGGCGCGGUCGGAGUCCGCGCCUUUAGGGGGUACUGUCACGCCCUGGCUCUGGGGACACUUGUAUGUUGAGCCAGGGUGUGAGUUUCAUUUGUUUCUAGUAGUUGUAUUUCUAGGUUGGCCAGAGUGGUUCCCAAUCAGAGGCAACGAGUGUCAGCUGUUGCUGGUUGUCUCUGAUUGGGAACCAUAUUUAGACAAGCUGUUUUCCCACAGUGGUUGUGGGAUCUUGUUCUAGUUGGUUUGUGUUAGACCGUGGACUGUCACGUUAUCGUUUUGUUGUUUUGGUCGUGUAAUCACUAAAUAAAGAGUAUGUUCAUCUUCAACGCUGCGCCUUGGUCCUCCUCUGUUCCCGACGGUCGUGACAAGCAGGACAAUAACCUAAAACACAAGGCCAAAUCUACACUGGAGUUGCUUACCAAGAAGACAGUGAAUGUUCCUGAGUAGCCGAGUUACAGUUUUGACUGAAAUCUACUUGAAAAUCUAUGGCAAGACCUGAAAAUGGUUGUCUAGCAAUGAUCAACAAGCAAUUUGACAGAGCUUAAAGAAUUUAGAAAAUAAUAAUGGGCAAAUGUUGCACAAUCCAGGUGUGGAAAGCUCUUAGAGACUUACACAGAAAGACUCACAGCUGGAAUCGCUGCCAAAGGUGCUUCUACAAAGUAUUGACUCAGGGGUGUGAAUACUUAUGUAAAUUAGAUAUUUCUGUAUUUCAUUUUCAAUAAAUUUGCAAACAUUUCUAAAAACAUGUUGUCAUUAUGGGGUAUUAUUUAAAUAAUUUGUCAGCCAUAGUCAUUGCACGUCUCGCAAGACGCAUGUAUCUCUCGGCAACUUAAUUGGCAGCUCGCUGCAAUAAUCUGAAUAAAUGUGUUGUGCAAGUUGAUUUUCUCAGUCAGCUGAAUGCGCCACUUAAUUAGUUAAUAGAACCGUGGUUACGUAAGUAACCUUCGAUAUCCACUAUUAGCUGCUGGGACAAAUGGAGUGGUAAUAUUAAUAAGAAUUUGGCUAUAGCUUUUGAACAAUUGAAGCUAUUAGUGAAUAUAACUACAUUCCUGAAUGCCAAUACUUUCAGGAUCACGUCCAUCUACGGCGCACACAAACUGUGCAGGACUCGUUAGAAUGGAGGGUGAUGAAUCUGAAUGACUGGGGGAAAUUAAUUGAUUAAAGCAUACUUCCUUCAAAAAGCAUAUACUUCCUUCAGACUGAAAUUUGACAUUACCUGAUUUGACAUAUCUUUGUGCUAUAACUUUUAUUGAGAUAAUGGCAAUAAGGCCAGAUUCAAAAGAUUAAAUAAAUACUUUUUACACAUUCGUUUCUGUGAUAUCCCCAAGUGUCCUACAGUAGAGAAUGAAAUAGCUUGAUCGUCCAUGCUAAUAGUGUCUUAAAUAUCAUAUCUGAAUCUAUUUGAUAUCAUGUAUGAAUCAAUUUAAAUUUGUGACACCCCAACCCCCCUUAUUAGUGAUAUGUCAUCAUGCUAAAUUCAUACCAGCUUUAUUUCUGCCUGCUUGAACAGCAAAUAGCUCAGAUACACAUGAAAACAUUAAAUGACCCCGGGAAUCGAUAGAACAUCGCUCAAAGAUGUACAAAAACGAUAUAACAUUCAAAAUGGGUGAAUCUUCCCUUUAAUAGGGAGGGGUUAUAUUAGAAGUGUGUUUUACCUCAGGGUGAAGUUGGAACUUCAUAAACCCAUGUCAAAUGAGGUUUCUGCUAGUGAAUGUGGUGAUGGUUAUGUGAACAUUACAUUAUAGAAAAGUAGUUGUCCACAUGAAGUCUCAGUCCACACUACCUAUUAGAACUAUCCCUCCUGCUUCUCAUUAUGUGUAUGGACCCCAGCAUAUGAGGACACAUAAAUCAACUUAAUUCAAUCUGGCGGUUCCUUACACUAACAAACCUCCCUCUCUGGUAAUGACCUUGGUCUCUUUUCCUUCCUCCCUCCCCCCUCUCUCUCCCCUGCAGUCUUCUGUCAGAUCCCCUGUCUGAAUGGCGGGCGCUGCAUUGGCAGGGACCAGUGCUGGUGCCCAACAAACUCCACGGGGAAGUUCUGCCACCUCCCGGCCCCCCCUCCUGCCAGACCCACCCCCAGCCGGAAGGACGGCAGCCUGGCCGGACGCAACUCCUCCUCCCACUCCAUGUACACCCUGCCGCUGUCCAAUCAACAAGGUGAUCCCCUAGCCGUCUGUCUAGCUCGAUGGGACACAGGGACACAGUCUCUGGCCAGGUCCCCAGGGCCUUCCCCAGCCAGGCCUCCUGUAGACAUACUGUUUCCUCCAGUUCUGCUGAUUUUACUGCAGUCUUUUAUCCAUCUGAUUCAUCAUGCCCUCUCAACUGUUCUGGUUUUGUUUGAACUAACUCAGGUUUAUUUGUUGACGUGCAACGGCCAAGUUAGUAACUCUGCUGAACUCUACCUUCGUGAACCAGCAGUGAAAGUCAGAAUGGGUUCUCAGUAUAAUAUGUAAUGGGGUGUUUUUUUGGAGUUCCCCAUAUUGUUCAUACAGUGCUCCGUCUUAUCAACAGAAGACCCUAUAGUGCAUUAGAAACAGAGCAUGACCUAACCAGUUCCAUGAAGAGCAGCUAAAAUAAGCAGCAUUAAAGCAACAUUCCCCUCUUUCCUGGCUUCUCUUUGGCCUGCUGUAAUUAGAAGCAGAAGAUCUCUCUUCAGAGUCUCACUUAGAUCCUUUGAAUUCCAUUCAACAUUUUUUCCAGCCCUCACUGACUUUAUAACGCUAAUCUAAUGACAGACCACAUGUGUGUAUUGUUACAUCACAGGGCAAGCAUCCGCCUGUCUGUCUGUCUGUCUGUCUGUGUUGAGAGAGUCACUACAAGGCCAUGGUAAAGUCAUGUGCUCUCUCUCUCUCUAUACAAAAGAGAAUAUUCUCAAUAUUGCAACAGUUCUGCAACUCCUCCAACCUGUCUUGGGUCAUAAACAUGUAAUAAUUGAAUUCAAAUUUAGUGUGUUUUAAGGACCCUUUCGUUUGUACUGUAUCUCCAUAUGUUAAGACCUGACUUGGGCCUUACAGCCUUCUCGGAACACCCUUUGAGAAGCAUUACAUUUCAGGUUUCACUGCAAUGUCAGGUCCAGGACUAUUCAUCAUGUUCUUUACCAUGUCCAGACAGAUUGGGCUCAAGGUGUUUCUGCUGAAUGUGGUAGUAGAGUGUUGCCUGACUGACUGUGCUGUGCGCUCUGUGUCCUGUCCAGCCUCUCUACACCCGUCCCUGGUGAAUGUCCACAUCCAGCACCCCCACGAGGCUGAGGUGCAGAUCCACCAGGUAGCCCGGGUCAAGCCUGGCCAGAGACCCCCCGUGGCUGAGGGGGCUCAUUCUGUACAGCAGCGCUCCCAACCUGGCAACGGGCACACCAGACCACACAACCGGCAGAACGGAUACGUGGGGAGGUGCUUCCAAGAGACCGUUGAUGGACAGGUACGGUACGGUGCUCUGAGUAUGAUGCUUUGAGUGGCAUACACUGAACACAGUACAUUAUAGUAGAUGAUGAUCCUAGCAGACUACUGCAGGAUGUUUGCCUAGUCUUUUGGGGUGGAGACCAGGUUUGGCUUCCGUGUGUCUUACCGUCCGUCCGGCAGGGCAGCAUUCAUACCUUCCCUCCUCUGUCUGUCUGAUAGUAGGUGUCUGGGACAGGAAGUCUGUCUGUGGCUCUGAAUUAUACUGCAGCCAGGAUUUAUAAGCUAUCAACACAUUGAUCAUCUCGUGUUCCCCUCCCAACACACACAGACGUGUUAUGAGUUAGGCCUGAGGUGAGAGGCUGAAAUCCACCCCACGUCUCAAACACAGGGCGAACUGCUACACCCACAGUGUAUCUCCUUCACACACGCACGCACACACACCACGCUCUCUAUCUCAUCUCUCUCUCACACACGCUCUCUAUCUCAUCUCUCUCUCACACACACUCUCUAUCUCAUCUCUCACACACAGAGAGCAAAGAGCAGUGGUGGUGGUUGGAGGAACCAGUGGAGGUAGAAAUCUGAAGACAGGCUCAUUGGAAUGGCUGGAAUGCAAUGUAUGGAAAGGGAUCAAACACAUGGAAACCAUGUGUUUGCGAUACCGUUCCAUUCCAGCCAUUCCAAUGAGCCGUUCCUCAGAUUUCUACCUCCACUGGUAACGAGAGCUCCUUAUCGGAGGUUCUGUACAGGCAGCAUCUGUUUGGCUGUGAGAGAUGCUGUUAUUCCCCCUGCCUUGUGUGUCCAACCCUAACAGUAGAGUGUCCUCUGUAGAGCUGCUGCCAGCCCAGUGUUAGGCUAUGUGUUAUCGGCUGCUUGACACGCAGAGCAGAGGAAGAGUAUGUUUGUGCUGGAGGGGAUCUCUCAUGCCAUUUCUUCAUGCUGCGGUUGAAAAGAACCUGCAGUCAGAUUCAUGUCUCUCAUUGGUUUAAAAAAAAAUCAAAAAAUCUCUGUUUGGUCCAUGAGGUACCAUUUGCUAGGCAGAAUUCAGUGAUGUUUGAUAAUAAUCUCUCCACAAUUAGCCAAGUUCCUUAACGAGCCAAGAGCAGCAGCAGCAGAGCUAUUCCUGGUACAGCCUGUUUAUGUCCACUGCUGCGGCCUAACCAGUCUCAGAUGUGUUCUGUUCAGCUCGCACUGUCCUCAUUCAGAUGAGAAGACUCACAAACUUCUACACACCCACACAUAAACACACACACACUCACACAUAGUCCAAUUAAACACACACACACACACACACACAUACAGUCUGAUUAAACGCACACACACACACACACACACACACACACACAAAUACAGACACACACACACCCACACACACACACACACACAGGUGUACACACACACAAACAUACACACACACAAACACAAACAUACACACACACACACACACACACACACACACAGAGGUGUACACACACACACACACAUUCAGUUUAUAAAGUCAGGUUAAACAACAUGCUGUCAGAGUGGAAAAGGGAAGGUGUCGGUGAUCUGUCCUGUGUUGUGUGAGUGUGUUGAGAUGUGUGGGUGUUGUCAUUGUAGUGUGGGAAGCCUCUUCCUGGCCUGACCAAACAGGAUGACUGCUGUGGAAGUGUGGGAGCCUCAUGGGGCCUGAACAAGUGCACAGAGUGUCCAACCAAACCAGGUGAGUCCCCUUUACCAUCACAUACUGAACACACUGAACCAGUGAACCCAGAUCCUCCAGUGCUUUUCCUUGUGUUAUAUCUGUUAUGUUAUGAUGUGUUAAUUUGGCUAAACAAUGUAUUUUACGUCAAUUAUGAACACAAUUUAUCUCUGAUAUUAACAGUCAAUCCCUUUAACAGGGGGUGAUAAUGCAGAAUGAUUACUGACUUUUGUAUCCUAGAUUAGAAGGAUCGUGCCUCGACUAUUGGGAUCACUUGUCGUCUCAUUGUAAAAUUAAGUUGUUUUCGCUUCUAAAAACAAAACAAGGCACCAAAUGAAAACACAUUUAGCAUGACUAACAGAGACUGGCAGGAGUGCCACCCAGCCUGCUGUCGGGCAGAGAGAGAGGCUAGCUCGGCCUCUCCUACUAUAGCUAACAGAAGAGAAAUUAGCAGCCGUGGUUCCUGACCAGAGCUGCCUGUGCUGUUGCUGCGGUGGUUUUGAAAAGCAGCCGUGUUCCCGUUGGGUGGUUCUUCAUCUCUCUCUCUGUGUGUGUGUGUGUGUCUGUGUGUGGAGGCAGCAGACUCUCAGUAAAGUUGUUGGCAGCAUUUCCUCAUUGUGUUUUAAAUAGAGGAGCGCUCUGGGCCCCUGAUGACCCCCCCCCCCCCCCCCCCCAGGGCCCCCAGGCCCUACUGAAGCCCCCCACGAGGUGUGUUUGGUGGUUGGGAAGGAUGGUCCCCGCCCUUCCCUGUUAAUCCUAUCAGGAAGAGGCCUGGCUGCGGUAGAUGUCAAUAGCCUGUCACAGGGUGCUGUCAUAGCCCAUUCCCUGUUAAGUGUCUGUCUGCCGGAGCUCUAAUCACAAGCAGACAUCAUCUCAUCUCAGGUCCAUUCAUCACGGACGCACAUCUAUUCUUCUCUUCUCUCUGUGCCAGAAUUCCUCUCUCUCUCUCGCUCUCUCUAUAUCUCUCUUUCUCUCUCUCUCUCGCUCUCUCUCUUUCUUUCUCUCUGUCUCAAGUCCCCACACCAGCAUCUCUUUUGGCUCACAGAUGUUUUCCUCUUCUCCGUCCUUUGAAGUGCGGAUAAACAGAACUAUCCCUCCAUUCUCUCAUUUUGUAGUUGUUUAGGGGCAGCUUGGGCCUCAGUCCCGGGUCACAUGCAGAGUCGCUGAAGAUAAGAGAAUGAAAGACAAAAGAGGGAAAGAUGAAGCCACAUACUGUAUGUCCCAUGCUGAUUGGUGCAUACUUUGAAGGACUUUAUAGGGAAUACUUGGCAUUCCUUUCCAGUCUUAUGGUUCCCUGUAUACAAAUAUGGCCAGAACCCGCUUUAACUGGGUUGAUUAUACUUUGUGUAGGUAGUAACUAAAACAAGUGGACACGCACUAAUGAAGAGUAAUCAGUUUGUCAUCCCAUACAUCUCUCUGGGACUGCUCCCAGCCAGGUCAGUUGAGGGCUUGAUGACAAGUAUCUGGAAAAUUGUAAUUUACCUCAAUGAGAGAGGCUUGUGUCUCUCUUCCGAGCAUGUGAUGCUGAUGUCAUAAUGCCCAGCUUGUUUUUGGGUGUGACUCAUGCAACACCCCGUUAGUUUAUUACUGUUUGCAAAACAUACAGGCCAUUGAAACAAGUGUCACAGCAACAGGGGCCUCUUAACAACAUAUUUUAUAGACACUGAGAACUAUGUCGCUUAGCUGUUUAAGGGCUAGUGUCGAAUGUGGUUUCAUUCAGGAAUGCUCCAUCCAGACCUAUUGUUUCUCUGCUGCCUAUCUUUGUCGUUAUUCCCCUAUAGUUCUACCUCUAUCCAAUGGGAGGGAAUCACUGAACUCUCUGACUGAUUCGAUAAAAGACAUCCAUUUUAGACACCGCCAGAGUACUCUGUUGUUUUAGGCAGAUAAAGUAUUAUUAUUGUUAUAUUGAGUGGAGGAAGCCACAGUGCGGUGGGGAAACGAACGGGUGUGUGUUUUUGGGAGGGAGGGAAGUUGACGUAAUGGAGGUAAUGACAGUGACACUGUGGAAGCCCCAGUACCAGCCCCGUUCAACCCUGUAGGAUGAAAUGCACUGUAAACCUACAUGCCGCAAAUUUCAGUGCAUAAUGAACUCCAGAUAAAAUACGACCCUGGUCCAUCUUUCCUCUCUCUGGUUCGUAUGAGAGCGAGAGAGAGAGAGCGAGAGAGAGAGAGAGAUAGCGAUAGAGAGAUAGAGAGAGAGAGAGAGGAGAGAGAGAGACGCAGAUAGAUCGCAGCGAGUCGUCGAGGCUAGAUCUCGCACUCGAUAGCUCUAUCGAUCCUCUCGCUCUCUCGCGCUCUCUCUCUCUCUCUCUCUCCUCUCUCUCUCUUCCUCUCUCCUCUCUCGCUCCUCCAGCUAUCUAGUGUAGGGGAUCUAAGCUCCUAAUCUCAGAUCGUUACCUGCUAUAUAAAAGACACCUGGGAGCCAGAAAUCUUUCUGAUUGAGAGGGGGUCAAAAACGUAUUUCCCUCAUUAAAAUGCAAAUCAAUUUAUAACAAUUUUGACAUGCAUUUUUCUGGAUUUUUUUGUUGUUAUUCUGUCUCUCACUGUUCAAAAUAAACCUACCAUUAAAAUUAUAGACUGAUCAUUUCUUUGUCAGUGGGCAAACGUACAAAAUCAGCAGGGGAUCAAAUACUUUUUUCCCUCACUGUAGAUAGAUCGGUGUCAUUCAGACUUUGUUAGGGUUUUCUACAUUGAGGAUCACUUUAAGUGAUUCAUGUGAAAAUUGAUCUGAGGUACUUUGGAAGAGGCCACAAACUCUGCCCUGAGAGUGACCCUUUGACCCUUUGACCUGGUGCGAGAGUGGCAUGGCUGUUUCUAUGACUUUAUAUGAAGUAGCUGGCCACCCAUAGUAAUUCUAUUUGUAAGUGGCCACCAUGGCCUAGUGUGUUCCAUGGCUUAUGCAAUUCCAUAAAGCAUGGCUCUGGUCAUCUCCCUAUCUGUCAUUACAGGAAGUAGCCUUCCUUCCCAGUGACUCUCCCACUCCGGGAUGCUUCCCAGGGAGCAGGAACAGAGGUCCCCGGUGCCAACAUAAAUCACAGUCCCACCCACAGGAGCCCUGGCCUCUAGCUCUGGAGCCACUACCUCCCCAGGCCACUGAGGUCACAACGUGAUGUCACAGCGUGAUGAUGUCAGCCUUCUGGCCCUCUGCCCCUCCUUCCUCAACCCCGACCGCACCAGCAGGCCCGCCCCAUACUGAGGGAGCAACCUCUAUCUGACUCUACUAGCUCUCUCAUAGGAAUGUUAUUCCUGAGCAUCAGAUUAAUAAAAUAAGAUGAGAAGAAGGAGGAGGAGAAGGCCCUGUUCCAAAUAUCCCCACAUGAGAUCAUCCCUUCCAGUCCCAUGGAGAAAUAUUGAAUCUGCCCUUCAUUUAGGACCAAAGCAUGUGCCUAUUACUAUUUAAUAGCAGUGAUCAAACAUUGAACACUUGUUAAUGACCAACAUCAAAACCAAGCGACUUGUUCAGAACAACACAGACUGAGCUGAACAUCUGCUGUAGUCCGUGUCAAGGUUCCAGGCUGCUCUCUCUCUUUGCUGCUGCAGCCUCUCUCUCAUGGUGAUUAGAUAGAGACGUUGCCAUCCUUUGACAGGUUCUGAUUCUUUCUUUGUUGAUUUAGCUUAACGCCGGGUACAAACAGUGUGAUGGAAUCUAUUAGCUAGACAGCAGUGUGGCUAAUGAGGGCUGACUGGGCCUGACUGCUAGCAGGAAUAAAUCCCAAUGCAGACAUACAGUAUCUAUCUAUCUGGCCCAGAGAGCACUGCUUGUCCAAGGCACCAUGCCAGUGAGUUGGAGGCACAUGGAAAUUAAAUCUGUUGCAUGGCUUAAUAAGAUACAUGUUUAGCCUGUUCAUCAUGGGGUAUGGACCAUACCAUGUCAUCUCUUGGCCUCGCCCCCAGUGGUAAAUAUUUCAUGUCGAGUGGCGGCAGUGGGAGAUUAUGGGAGAAUGUGUGUCUCUUUAAAUGGGAGGUCACAGCCACAUCGCCAUGGGCGUCGUAAAGAAGGGAGGACAGAACUAAAUUAGAAGCUGUCAAACUACAAACAGAUGCAGAAAUCAUUAAAUUAUGUUAAACACUGAGACAAUGAAUAGGAUGUUUUUGAAUAAGGAUUAAAUCAAGUCAAACAUGAAUGAGAAGCACUUAGUGACAUAUGAUGUAAAAAGGGCUUUAUAAAAACAUUUUAUUUUAUUUGAUGAGAUAAAUGACUUGAUCGGACAAGCUGCAUUGUCUUUAUACAAUGUCUGCCACAACAUGGUAAUUUUCUGUGCCUAUGAACACACAGCUGGGAAUGUCAUUUACUCAAUAUCAAACUUUAAGCUGGUAUACUGGAGUUUUUUAAAGAAAGCAAAUGUUACCUUUGCAUGAGUGUGUGGUGUCUGAGGCUGAUCUCAUCAUGGGGAUGUUGAUGUUAGGCCCAUGUGGCUGUCUCGUCUCGUCUGAUGCCCCAGUGCUUGACUGGCUGGCAGCUGGGGCUUAUUUACAGGGCUCGUGAUAUGGGCCGUGCCAGAAUGGCAAACUUGGCUUGUGCCAAUGAGACGUUCUGCUUUGAAAGCAAAUGACUUCCCCUUAGCUGCUUUCUCUAAUCAGCCUUUGGCCUGGAGGCCAGAGGGAUAUGGCUUCUUUGUCAUCUUCAUCUCAAAGGGAAUAAAACAACUCCUUGUGAUUAAAGAGUUGUGUUUGGUUUGCCCCUCCAUGGCACCAGUUUGUCCCAUGGCCGUCUGUUCUCAGAAAGCAAGUCACUUAAAGGGUUUUAAAGGGUCUUGGCACUCAUGUCUGUUGUUUUCCUACAGAAUAGCUAACUUUGGAAUGGAUAGAGAAGACUGUCUCCCCUUCUCCUGUGGCUCGCAUCCAUUUCCCCUCUCUGGUCUACUACUUCUUCUCAGGCUCUCCAGCUAGGCUCCUGGAUAAGCCUGGGGGUAGGGGGUGACUCAGGGCAGGCCACAUGGGGAGCAGUAUUUUGGGGUUGAGGCAGUACAGUACAUUGUGGGUUCAGUACCGUGCUCUCUGCCUGUGAUGGAUUUGCCUGCCACUUGUACCUCUAAGUAGGCGAAUAGAAGGCUCCCUCAGUCCAUGUGGUCCACGUAAUGAUUGCGCUAAAUGACCAAUUAAAGAUUUCUGUCAAGCAGAACCCAUUUGACUAGACUCGCUCCUCUCCCUUCACACUCCCUCCCUCUCACUAUUUUCUUACCAUCACUCCCCUUUUGCUUAUCCUCCUCCCUCAAUUCCCUCAGUAAACACCCACAUCUCAAAAGGCCUAUUUUGAAGACCGUCCUAAGCUAGCUUUGACUCCUGUUUUAGAGUUUAGGCUCUCAAAAGUAAGAGAUGCUACCUACUAAGAAAUUGUAUAUGAGGCUUUAACUGUUUACAAGGAAAUAUUGCUGGAUGGUUGCAAAUUAAAUGCCUGACGCAAUUUAGAGAUGAAGUACAACAAAUCAGUCAAGGGUGACAAAGUAUUUUGGUAAAGUGCAAUGAAUGAAUGGAGGGGGAACAAGUGAGGCCAACAGUCUGUGUCCAUGUGCUUCCUCUUUGUAAAGCACAAUGAAUAUGGGCCAGUCUGGUCUUUCUGUCCCAGCAUCCAUGUAACCAAGGGGAACACUAAUGAUGCAGCGAGGUCACUCUUGCGUUCCACUGCAUUGGGAUCUGUGACAAUUAACAUUGUCUGGGUCAGCAUGACAGCAUGUCAAAUCCAUUCCACAGUUGCAUUCUACCCACAGUAGGUUACAAAACAUCCUGAACUAGCAUAUAUGCUAGAUACAUACAGUUGAAGUCGGAAGUUUACAUACACUUAGGUUGGAGUCAUUAAAACUCGUUUUUCAACCACUCCACAAAUUUCUUGUUAACAAACUAUAGUUUUGGCAAGUCGGUUAGGACAUCUACUUUGUGCGGACACAAGUAAUUUUUACAACAAUUGUUUACAGACAGAUUAUUUCACUUAUAAUUCACUGUAUCACAAUUCCAGUGGGUCAGAAGUUUACAUACACUAAGUUGACUGUGCCUUUAAACAGCUUGGAAAAUUCCAGAAAAUGAUGUCAUGGCUUUACAAGUUUCUGAUAGGCUAAUUUACAUCAUUUGAGUCAAUUGGAGGUGUACCUGUGGAUUUAUUACAAGGCCUACAUUCAAACUCAGUGCCUCUUUGCUUGACAUCAUGGGAAAAUCAAAAGAAAUCAGCCAAGACCUCAGAAAAAUAAUUGUAGACCUCCACAAGUCUGGUUCAUCCUUGGGAGCAAUUUCCAAACGCCUGAAGGUACCACGUACAUCUGUACAAACAAUAGUACGCAAGUAUAAACACCAUGGGACAACGCAGCCGUCAUACCGCUCAGGAAGGAUACGCGUUCUGUCUCCUAGAGAUGAACGUACUUUGGUGCGAAAAGUGCAAAUCAAUCCCAGAACAACAGCAAAGGACCUUGUGAAGAUGCUGGAGGAAACAGGUAAAAAUAUAUCUAUAUCCACAGUAAAACGAGUCCUAUAUCGACAUAACCUGAAAGGCCGCUCAGCAAGGAAGAAGCCACUGCUCCAAAACCUCAAUAAAAAAGCGAGACUACAGUUUGCAACUGCAGAUGGGGACAAAGAUCGUACUUUUUGGAGAAAUGUCCUCUGGUCUGAUGAAACAAAAAUAUAACUGUUUGGCCAUAAUGACCAUCGUUAUGUUUGGAGGAAAAAGGGGUUUUCUUGCAAGCCAAAGAAAACCAUCCAAACCGUGAAGCAUGGGGGUGGCAUCAUCAUGCUGUGGGAGUGCUUUGCUGCAGGAGGGACUGGUGCACUUCACAAAAUAGAUGGCAUCAUGAGGAAGGAAAAUUAUGUGGAUUUAUUGAAGCUACAUCUCAAGACAUCAGUCAGGAAGUUAAAGCUUGGUCGCAAAUGGUCUUCCAAAUGGACAAUGACCCCAAUCAUACUUCCAAAGUUGUGGCAAAAUGGCUUAAGGACAACAGAGUCAAGGUAUUGGAGUGGCCAUCACAAAGCCCUGACCUCAAUCCUAUAGAAAAUGUGUGGGCAGAACUGAAAAAGCGUGUGCGAGCAAGGAGGCCUACAAACCUGACUCAGUUACACCAGCUCUGUCAGGAGGAAUGGGCCAAAAUUCACCCAACUUAUUGUGGGAAGCUUGUGGAAGGCUACCCGAAACGUUUGACCGAAGUUAAACAAUUUAAAGGCAAUGCUACCAAAUACUAAUUGAGUGUAUGUAAACUUCUGACCCACUGGGAAUGUGAUGAAAGAAAUACAGUGAGGGAAAAAAGUAUUUGAUCCCCUGCUGAUUUUGUACGUUUGCCCACUUACAAAGAAAUGAUCAGUCUAUAACUUUAAUGGUAGGUUUAUUUGAACAGUGAGAGACAGAAUAACAACAAAACAAUCCUGAAAGACGCAUGUCAAAAAUGUUAUAAAUUGAUUUGCAUUUUAAUGAGGGAAAUAAGUAUUUGACCCCCUCUCAAUCAGAAAGAUUUCUGGCUCCCAGGUGUCUUUUAUACAAAUAACAAGCUGAGAUUAAGAGCACACUCUUAAAGGGAGUGCUCCUAAUCUCAGUUUGUUACCUGUAUAAAAGACAACUGUCCACAGAAGCAAUCAAUCAAUCAGAUUCCAAACUCUCCACCAUGGCCAAGACCAAAGAGCUCUCCAAGGAUGUCAGGGACAAGAUUGUAGACCUACACAAGGCUGGAAUGGGCUACAAGACCAUCGCCAAGCAGCUUGGUGAGAAGGUGACAACAGUUGGUGUGAUUAUUCGCAAAUGGAAGAAACACAAAAUAACUGUCAAUCUCCCUCGGCCUGGGGCUCCAUGCAAGAUCUCACCUCGUGGAGUUGCAAUGAUCAUGAGAACGGUGAGGAAUCAGCCCAGAACUACACGGGAGGAUCUUGUCAAUGAUCUCAAGGCAGCUGGGACCAUAGUCACCAAGAAAACAAUUGGUAACACACUACGCCAUGAAGGACUGAAAUCCUGCAGCGCCCGCAAGGUCCCCCUGCUCAAGAAAGUACAUAUACAGGGCCAUCUGAAGUUUGCCAAUGAACAUCUGAAUGAUUCAGAGGAGAACUGGGUGAAAGUGUUGUGGUCAGAUGAGACCAAAAUCGAGCUCUUUGGCAUCAACUCAACUCGCUGUGUUUGGAGGAGGAGGAAUGCUGCCAAGAACACCAUCCCCACCGUCAAACAUGGAGGUGGAAACAUUAUGCUUUGGGGGUGUUUUUCUGCUAAGGGGACAGGACAACUUCACCGCAUCAAAGGGACGAUGGACGUACUGUCAAAUCUUGGGUGAGAACCUCCUUCCCUCAGCCAUGGCAUUGAAAAUGCCGAGUGGCGCAGUGGUCUAAGGCACUGCAUCGCAGUGCUAGCUGUGCCACUAGAGAUCCUGGUUCGAAUCCAGGCUCUGUCGUAGCCGGCCGCGACCGGGAGACCCAUGCGACGGCGCACAAUUGGCCCAGCGUCGUCCAGGGUAGGGAUGGGAAUGGCCGGCAGGGAUGUAGCUCAGUUGGUAGAGCAUGGCGUUUGCAACGCCAGGGUUGUGGGUUCGAUUCCCACGGGGGGUCAGUAUGAAAAAAAUAUAUAUAUAAAAAAAAUAAUGAAUGCACUCUGGAUAAGAGCGUCUGCUAAAUGACUAAAAAAAUAAAAAAUAAAUUAAAAAAAUGGGUCAUGGAUGGGUAUUCCAGCAUGACAAUGACCCAAAACACACAGCCAAGGCAACAAAGGAGUGUCUCAAGAAGAAGCACAUUAAGUUCCUGGAGUGGCCUACUUAUUUCCCUAAUUAAAAUGCAAAUCAAUUUCUAACAUUUUUGACAUGCGUUUUUCUGGAUUUUUUUGUUGUUAUUCUGUCUCUCACUGUUCAAAUAAACCUACCAUUCAAAUUAUAGACUGAUCAUGUCUUUGUCAGUGGGCAAACGUACAAAUUCAGCAGGGGAUCAAAUACUUUUUUCCCUCACUGUAAAAGCUGAAAUAAAUCAUUCUCUCUACUAUUAUUCUGACUUAAAAUAAAGUGGUGAUCUUAACUGACCUAAAACAGGGAAUUUUUUUCUAGGAUUAAAUGUCAGGAAUUGUGAAAAACUGAGUUCAAAUGUAUUUGGCUAAGGUGUAUGUAAACUUCUGACUUCAACUGUAGCUUACAGUACAUUUCAUUCUUUGGGUUUGUUUUCCAUUGCACUGGCCUAUAGCUCGUUUUCCCUGUUAAGGUGGUUAGGCAAAACCUCUGAUGUUAUUUAUGCAGUAUCUUGUUUGUUUGCCAUUGUCUUUAGCAGUGGGUUGACCAUACAGAUGAUGUCCUGUCAGCAAGCUCAGGUAACCUGUGGGGGAAGUUACUUCAUUUACAUUGACAUUUACAUUUUAGUCAUUUAGCAGACGCUCUUAUCCAGAGCGACUUACAGGAGCAAUUAGGGUUAAGUGCCUUGCUCAAGGGCACAUUUACGUCAUUUAGCAGACACUCUUAUCCAGAGCGACUUACAAAUUGGUGCAUUCACCCUAUAGCCAGUGGGGGGGGGGGGGGGGGGGGGGUAGAAGGAUUACUUUAUCCUAUCCCAGGUAUUCCUUAAAGAGGUGGGGUUUCAAGUGUCUCCGGAAGGUGGUGAGUGACUCCGCUGUCCUGGCGUCGUGAGGGAGCUUGUUCCACCAUUGGGGUGCCAGAGCAGCGAACAGUUUUGACUGGGCUGAGCGGGAGCUAUGCUUCCGCAGAGGAAGGGGAGCCAGCAGGCCAGAGGUGGAUGAACGCAAUGCCCUCGUUUGGGUGUAGGGACUGAUCAGAGCCUGAAGGUACGGAGGUGCCGUUCCCCUCACUGCUCCAUAGGCAAGCACCAUGGUCUUGUAACGGAUGCGAGCUUCAACUGGAAGCCAGUGGAGUGUGCGGAGGAGGGGGGUGACGUGAGAGAACUUGGGAAGGUUGAACACCAGACGGGCUGCGGCAUUCUGGAUGAGUUGUAGGGGUUUAAUGGCACAGGCAGGGAGCCCAGCCAACAGCGAGUUGCAGUAAUCCAGACAGGAGAUGACAAGUGCCUGGAUUAGGACCUGUGCCGCUUCCUGUGUAAGGCAGGGUCGUACUCUCCGAAUGUUGUAGAGCAUGAACCUGCAGGAUCGGGUCACCGCCUUGAUGUUAGCGGAGAACGACAGGGUGUUGUCCAGGGUCACGCCAAGGCUCUUCGCACUCUGGGAGGAGGACACAACGGAGUUGUCAACCGUGAUGGCGAGAUCAUGGAACGGGCAGUCCUUCCCCGGGAGGAAGAGCAGCUCCGUCUUGCCAGGGUUCAGCUUGAGGUGGUGAUCCGUCAUCCAUACUGAUAUGUCCGUCAUCCAUACUGAUACUUCAGACAGACCUGCUCUCCUCUGUGUCCCCCCUAGUCUCUCAGUACUAAUAAGAUUUAUAGAGUGGCCUGCCCCCUGCGAGGCAUCCCUUGGCAUGUGCCCCUUCAGUUAAUCAGGGCAGACAGAUCCUGUUCUCAUGGGGGUUCGCACCCGCCUCGCCUACCGCCAUGUCACAACAGCUCAUUACCCAGAGGACUCUCUGGGGAGUCCAGGGAUUCAGGGCGGGACCGGAACAGGUGCUUCGCUUUGACACGAUUAUCCCCGACCCUGACCCUGCAGUGGCGCUCCCGUCUGGUCUGACCCACUUCUGA